CUGGGACUGGCAGGUCGGCCAGAGGUGGAGCCUCAGAGACAGGAACCUGUUUGAAAGAUUCAGAAUCAGAGAAAAACUGGAUCAGGAUGUUUGGAUCUGACUUCUUAUGCAGGGUCACUGAGAACCAGCGGUGACCUUUGACCCCUCACCUUCAGAGUGUACCUGAGGGGGCGAUGCCUGGGGAGGUUAGAGAGGGAAAAAUGGCAGCGACGUCCUUGAUGCCGAGCAAAGGUCUUGGUCUGGUUCUGGUGGAGUUUGAGUACGAAUACAAAGACCAGAACGGGGUUCUGGUCACCAUCAAACCUAAUGAGCGCUACGUCCUGCUGGCCAAGACCAACGACCACUGGUGGCACGUCCGGAACGACAGCAGCUCCAAAGCCUUCUACAUCCCGGCCAAGUACGUCAAGGAGCUACCCACCAACUUCCCGUCGCUAUUGGACUUUGCUGAAAAACCCGGUCCAGAACCAGUCCCUCAUCUUGUGGUGGCUCCAGUUCCUGUUCCUGUUCCCGUCCCGCUUCCAAAGAGUCUGGAGAAGCCUGAAGGAACCAGAAUCAAGCAAAAUGAUGAGGUGACGAUCCGCGUCAGACCCGACGCUUCCAACCGGCACCACCGCAAUGAGAACCGCAUGUCCACUUUCGGCGUACAUCUAGACUUACCGGACCUAGCACAUGUAUCGCCGAGGGUCCAUACAAACCAUUCUGCUGGUUCUGCUGAGACUGGAACCACAGCUUCCACUGGGACCGCAAACAUGGCUGACAGUAAAAAGCAGCCCCAGGUCAAGGGCCACCAUGAGGACCAACAAGAUUCUGGGAAACCGCGGGUUCCCAGCUUCAGUCCGGCGGACCCACGGACAUCUAGCCGGCAUCAGAACCAGCCCAUUCCUGUGGAGAUGCCCGUGGUUCCCCCUCACAGCAAAACAUCUGAGGGUCGUCAUGACAACAAGCAGCAGAAACAGGAGCCAGAGGAGGAAGAGGAGGUGGCUGAGGAGGCAACCACAUCAGAGAGCAGCGAGGAAGAGGAGGAGUGUCGAGGUCACCACAUCUACGAGUCCAUCCAGGACCUGAAUCUGGACGUGGAAGCUCUGAGCCUCCAGAAGGCUCCAUCAGCAGCACCUGAGUCCUCACUUCCUGCUGCGGCGCUGCUCUCCUCACAGGACCGAAACUCGCUCAACCCUAGUUCACCCAUCUACGCCAACGUCUGCUCCCUCAAGAAAACGUCUACUCCUCAGAUCUCCAUCUCCACCCCGACUAGCGUAGACCCUGACCAAUCGGAAGCAGGCCACGCCCUCUCAUCGCCAAGCCCCGCCUCUCCUCUCAGCCCACAAGACGAAUGGCAGGUUCACACUGAUCAGGAAAGUGGCAGGAGGUUUUUUUACCACCCUCUCACCAGACAGACCACCUGGUCGGACCACCGAGGCCAAACGCCGGCCGGAGACAUGGAUCUGUCCAGUCCGCUCUCUCCGGCCUCCUCUCAGGGUUCCUGUGAGUGGGAGGAGCUGAUGGACAACGCAUCGGGGCGGGUCUACUACCACAACCAUAAAACAGGAACCACGUCCUGGGCUCUCCCUGACCCAACAUCUCCAUUAUCUCCUGCUGGAUCCACAGGCAACAGAAACCAGGACGACGUCGCGCCUCCUCUACCAAAGCCAGAUUAUCCCGUGGACAGACACAAUAACAAUGGAGACUCUGUCUGUACGCAGCUCCUGCAGAUUCCCAGAGCCCAGCUGGACGGCCAGCAGAAGCAGCAGGAGCAGAGGCUGAUGGGUAAUGGAGUCCCUGCGGAGGAAGGAGCUGCACAAGUCAGGAUCAUGAGACACAGUAUCGGUGAAGAUGUGUUUUCCCCGGGACACAGAAGGAUAUCCUCGGACCUUACGGAUGCCGUUAGGAAGCAUUUGCCAGACAGUCCUCAGUUUCCUAGUAGGCUCAAGCUGAGGAGGAACCUGUCCCACAGCACAGGCAAACCCCAGCACCAUUGCCAUCUGCUGGAAAAGGCAGGAAUUGUUAAUAAGACCAAAUUGGUUGAUCAUGGCAAAAAGAUGAGGAAGAACUGGACUCAGUCCUGGACAGUCCUUCAUGGUGGGAUUCUUACUUUUCACAAAGAUCCCAAAUCUGCCCCAGCUGGAAACACUAACAAAGCAUCGCAGAUUGUUCCAGAGUACACUGUGGACCUGAAAGGAGCGUCGGUCCAAUGGGCCGCCAAAGACAAGUCCUCCAAAAAGUUUGUUCUGGAGCUGAAGACUCGUCAGGGCUGCGAGUAUCUGAUCCAGUACGACACGGAGAGCAUCAUCUCGGACUGGUACAAAGUCAUCCAGGAAACCAUCCAGCAGCUGACACCUCAUCAGCUGGAACCGGAGCAUCUAAGCGAUGAUGAGGAUGACUCAGACAGAGAGGACAGGAAGAGGGGAUCCACCAGAAGUAAUGCAGGACCGGACUCAGAGCAGAGCCGGAUCCGGAGCAAACUGAGACGCUUCCUGCAGAGGAGACCGACGCUGCAGAGCGUCAAAGAGAAGGGAUACAUCCGAGACAACGUGUUUGGCUGCCACCUGGAUGUUCUCUGUCACAGGGAAAACUCCACUAUUCCCAAGUUUGUGGAGAAAUGCAUCAAAACGGUGGAGAGGAGAGGUCUGGAUGUUGAUGGGAUCUACAGAGUGAGCGGGAACCUGGCUGUGAUCCAGAGACUCCGACACAAAGCCGAUCACGAAGAACAUUUGGACCUGGAGGACGGACAGUGGGAGGAAAUCCACGUGAUCACCGGAGCACUGAAGCUCUUCUUCAGGGAGCUUCCAGAACCAUUGUUUCCCUUCUGCUCCUUUGACAAGUUCAUCGCCACCAUCCAACUUUCUGACUACAGCCAGAGGGUUUCUUACACGAAGGACCUGGUCCGCUCUCUGCCACUGCCGAACUACGAUACCAUGAAGCUGCUUUUCAAGCACCUGCGCAGGGUCAUCGAACACAAAGACUCCAAUAGGAUGUCGGUUCAGAGCGUCGCCAUCGUGUUUGGGCCCACGCUGCUCCGGCCGCAGAUGGAGUCCGCCAACAUGACAGUCCAUCUGGUCUUCCAGAGCCAGAUCGUCGAGCUCAUGCUCAACCAAUUCAAUGAGAUCUUCGCUGAGACGUAGAAGGAGGUCCUCUGUCACCUUUCAGAACCUUCUGAGCAACAUAUGCUGAACUGAACAACGUCUCCAAACCUGUAGGACCUCAAGCCUGUACUCUCUAUUAGGGAGAACCUUAAACCACCAAAAACUCUGGUUCUGAUACUUCUGAAAGAGGUUUCUGUUGAAGAACCAAACCAAGUGGACCAAGAGUCACUUGAACCACUAAAGAGACUGACUCUAUUUGAGACUCUAGCUUGGAAACUCCUGGAAACUGCACACCUCUAAAACUUUCUGAGGAAUAUCAGUCAAACUGCCGAGAAUCCCCCUGGCAGAACCAAAGUCCAAACAGUAGAAGCCAGAAUGUAGAACCUGAGUUGCAUUGGAACCUGCUCUAAAGUCACUGGGAUCCUUCCAGAACCUCCAUGUUUCAUUGAUACAAGUUAACAAAGAACCUGUUUGCUUCAGAAAUGCACUUGCAGCAGAUAGCUGUUUUUACAGCAGGAAGCUCAUACUGAAGAUCUGCUUCAUCAGGAGGAAGUUCUACACUUUAAUGUACAUAGAGCCCAAUAACAGCAUGAAGAUCAUGUGAGAAAUUUGAGAAUCUAUAUCUGGAAUUUUAAAAUUUCUAUUGGAUCAGUCAGUUCGAAUCAUUCCCUGACGUCAACAUCAGGUUUCUGUUUAUCCAGAUCCAAAUCACUUCAGAUUUAAUUUCUAAAAUGUUUUUUUUUCAUAAAGAAUUGUCAUUACUCUUCUGGUUUCAAAGGAAUCAUUUGAUUGUUUCCAGAGUUUUAACAUAUCCUGGAUUUGGGAGUGAAAGCCUGUAGCUCUUAAAAAGAGACAGAAGCUUCAUGAAAGGUUGAUAAAUUUGAGGAUGAUGUUCUAAAAGCUCCUAGAUGAUUCCCUGAGGGACUCCCAAAAGUUCAGAGAACAAACUACUUUAAAUGGUCAAUAGGGUGGAGUCUUCCAGGAACAUUUCUGCUGUACUGAGUUUUGUUAUGGAUCUGGUGCACAUUCGCUCUUUGUUUUAUACUGUUUAAAUGUAUCAGAGUCACAGAACAAGGUAAACACAGAAUAUACAGAGUUUCUGUAAAUAAAAAAGAAUUUUACUGAGUUUUAUUAGAAAUAAAAGUCAUUAUUAAACCAGGAA